AAACGUUUGAUCAACAAAUUGCCACUCCAAGUGCAACGGUGUUGCAAGCUUCAUAACGGCAAAAUAAGUCGCAGAUUGUCAAAGAAAAGCUAAAUUUAAAAGCGAUUUUUAGUUUAAACCAAAGUCUUGCAGAACAGUACAAAAGUAGUUAAAGUGAAGUUGUGAAAAAAAAAUGGCUUUGAAGGUUAUUUUCGUAAUUGCCGCUGUGAUUGCUUGUGCGCAUGCCAGGCCCGGUGGCCCAGCGGCCUAUUCCAUCUCUGCGCCCAGCGUGGAUCACGCCUCAGUGGGUAACACACAAGAGCAUACCGUGAAGGGACAUUACGGCCAAUCCUCGCAAUCGGACUACUCCAGCGCCGUGCAAACUGCGCACUCACAAUCGCACGUUCAACGCUCCAGUAUUAGCAACGAUGCAGGCAUUGCGCCACAUAUUGGCGUAUCGCACGGUCUCAUUGGACAUCCCGGCAUUGCUCACGGCAUCCCACUUGCCGCGCCAGCCUUGGCGCAUUAUCCAGCACCGCUGGCUGUUAAGGCCGUUGCCGCCCCCGCUUUAGUGCAUACCUCCGUCGCUGGACACGGCGUGCAUUACGGCUACUAGGGCGUCAAAAACAAAAACAUACAUAGCGAAGAGAGUACAAGAGAGAGAUAAAAGGAGUUGGUAAGAGAGAGAGCGCGAGAGGGAGAGAGAAAGGGGGAAAUUAUGAAGCGAAGUAGGCGCACGAACGGCGCAGCGCUGGAUGUAGGCGUAGGGCGGUAUGCUCGUUGCUUAGUGGUCGCUGUAAACGUCGACGUCAACGCCAACGCCGUAAAAUUUUUAAUAAAAAUGAAAAAUGAAACAAAAAUAACAAAGAUUAAUAAGGAAAGAAGAAGAAAAACAACAGCAAAUAAAUUCACUUAUAACUAUGUAGGAUAACAGCAGGAAAGGAAAAAAACAAUUACAACAAGAACAAACAUAACAGCAAUGUAUAAUGUGCAACAACAGCAACAACAACAACGAUGUAAAACGACAAUACAACUAUGAAUAACAAUUAAAAUAAUAACAGCAAACAAAAAAAGCAAGCGUUUAAGCA